AUGAAGUUCUUCGCUCUCACCACACUUCUCGUCGCCACGGCCUCGGCUCUGCCCACCUCUAACUCUGCCCAGGAGCUUGAGGCGCGCCAGCUUGGUAGAACAACUCGUAACGAUCUGAUCGACGGCAACAGCGCUUCCUGCGCCGAUGUCAUCUUCAUUUAUGCCCGAGGUUCAACAGAGACGGGCAACUUGGGAACUCUCGGUCCUAGCAUCGCCUCCAAUCUUGAGUCCGCCUUCGGCGAGGAUGGUGUCUGGAUCCAGGGCGUUGGCGGUGCCUACCGAGCCACUCUUGGGGAUAAUGCCCUCCCCCGCGGAACCUCUAGCGCCGCAAUCAGGGAGAUGCUCGGUCUCUUCCAGCAGGCCAACACCAAGUGCCCCGACGCGACUCUGAUCGCCGGCGGUUACAGCCAGGGUGCUGCACUUGCAGCUGCCUCCAUCGAGGACCUCGACUCGGCCAUCCGUGACAAGAUCGCCGGAACUGUUCUGUUCGGCUACACCAAGAACCUGCAGAACCGUGGCCGAAUUCCAAACUAUCCUGCGGACAGGACCAAGGUCUUCUGCAACGUAGGCGACCUCGUAUGCACAGGUAGCUUGAUCGUUGCUGCACCUCACCUGGCUUAUGGUCCUGAUGCUCGUGGCCCUGCCCCUGAGUUCCUCAUCGAGAAGGUUCGGGCUGUCCGUGGUUCUGCUUGA